GUGCGCCCCGACUCCCGACUCCCGCGCACGUCACGCACGUGCGCCGCACUUUCUCUGCACUUUAAAUGUACAUACGUAUACAUAAUAAAUGUGUAGAUUUGGAAAAUACAUAUACAGAGUUACGGAUCCGUAGUAUGUUUCUUUUUUCUUUCUGAAGUGCUGGCUGGUUAUGUAAUUUAUCUCGCUGGAACAAGAUGCGAUGAUUAAAAGAUAUCUCAUGGCUUGAUUUAACCUCCUAAAAUACAAUUGCAUUUUGACACGUUGCAUCGGUGAAGGAAGAAUCAAAUAGGUGUUUUGCAGGCUUCGGUAUUCUUUCGAUUUGGAAGUCUUUAGCGUUGCUGUAAUCAUGUCGACGACGCUGGCAUUACCGCAAAAGAAAUAUUACAGACAACGCGCGCAUUCGAAUCCCAUAGCCGAUCACUGCAUCGAGUACCCGAUAAAACCAGGCUUAAUGGAUUGGAGCGCUUUGUAUCCGCAGCACUUUCGGAUCAACGCUGAGCAAACGCCAGAGACGCAGAAACUUGUAGAAUUUGCAGACAUUGGUUGCGGCUACGGAGGAUUACUGGUUACCCUGUCCCCGAUGUUCCCGGAUAAUCUGAUACUCGGUAUGGAAAUCAGAGUAAAAGUAUCAGACUACGUUAUGGAUCGCAUCGCUGCCUUACGGUCACAAAAUCCCGGCCGAUACCAGAACAUCGCCUGCCUGAGAACAAACGCCAUGAAGUACCUGCCAAAUUAUUUCUACAAAGGACAGCUAAAGAAGAUGUUUUUCCUGUAUCCAGAUCCACACUUCAAAAAGUCGAAGCAUAAAUGGAGAAUAAUAAACAAGUCUCUGUUAGCGGAAUACGCUUAUGUUCUAGCCGAGGGAGCUGUUGUAUAUACCGUGACGGACGUGGAAGACCUACAUAAAUGGAUAGUUCAACAUUUCCAAGAACACCCACUGUUCGAAGAAGUUACCAAGCAGGAUUUGGCGACAGAUCCUGUAGUGGAAAAAUUAUAUGAAAGCACUGAAGAAGGCAUGAAAGUCACCAGGAACAAAGGAGAUAAAUUUCUGGCCGUGUUCACGAGGAUCGCGGAUCCUUAUGUUGCAACGAAUAGCUAGCAGCGGCAGUUCCAUAUAAUUGUCCGGCUAUUGUAUGUAAUUACACGGCGAAGGAUAUUCUGGAUGAAGGUACUAAUUCUGGCACCAAGGAGGGAUGUCUGUCUUGAUGUAACAACCACGUUUCUAAAACAGAUCUAGUCUGUGUGUCUGACAUCUGUAUGGUGAACUAAAUGGGCUGUCUUCAAAGCGAAUUCUUCGUGCAUUAUGACGAAUAACAUCUGCAAGAUAAAGUUGAUCGAUUAAUUAAUGCUCCUUUAAUAAAUACCGAAUCGAAAAUAAAGUACCUCUUCAAAUAUACGAUUAAUUAACGCUCGCGGUGGUGAAAUGUACGAUCUCUGUAUCAAUCUUUUUCUUUCGCGCAAACUCAUUCUGAAUUGCGAGUAAAAUAAGUUCGAUUCUUCCCGUAAAAUAUCUUGCAUUAGGUCUUUGAACAAUUUACUAUUGACUAUUUCCCUAAAAUGUAACGAAGUGUAUCAAACUAUUAAAGACGUUCAUUUUCUCAACCAAUUAA